AUGGGUUCAGAAAAGCGCAAGAGAAGCGGUGACACCACCUCUAAGCCAAAGAAGAAAGUGGCCAUCGAUGCAUCUCCUUCAGCGACCGUCUCUUCCGUCCUCAGACCCAAAUAUUGUCCUCCAGUGAUCGCUACGGCCGUUGGAUUUGACGUACCGAAAAAUAUUCCCUUCCAUUCAUAUGCGCCCAAAGAUGUUGCCAAGUCAAAAAGCAAACAGCCCAAGUCAGCCGGCGAGAAGGACUUAUUGUUGCACUCGAACGCGCACCGAACUAUGGACUACACGGUCAAGGCGGAUGGAGUCAGAGGGGUCAAGCCAGCUCUGAACCACUUUCUCGGAAUAUACGACCCCAAGACCGGCAAGCUCGAGGUGGUUGAGGCAAAGAAGAUGACUAUGCGGGCAUCAGUACGGGCAAAGCAGAGCGCUGCUGCUGCUGGUGGUGAGCGCGAUGCCAACCAGACCAUGAUGCAACUCAAGACCGACCUUGGCCAGACGUUCGGUACCAAGAAGGCGAAGAAGGCGAUCCAGGAGAAUGUCUUGAACGCUAUCGCGCCACAGAAGAAGCCCGGGGAUGCACCUACCAAGAUUGACGCUGCAGCUCGUGCCAUGCUCAGCUCCGUUGGAGAAAUCACAUCGACCAUGGCGUCAAGAGAAGAGUUACAAGCGGUUGUGGAUGAAGCUAGACCCGUGCCCAUUCCCAACCUGGAAGCGACCGAGAUUCAAGAUGUCUAUGAUCCUAAGAGGAUUAUCGGAGCCGACAUCCUUAAGCUGGUGCCGAUUCGAGAAUGGCAGGAGAAGGUCCAACACAAGGAGGGUAUCCAGGUGGCUUCGCGAUUCGUGGCUGCGCGUGUUAAUCGAGUAGCGGGUAACGAAGACGCUGUCGACAGACUUCGUGUGCUACGAUAUCUCUCCUUUGUUAUAAUCUUCUACCUCCACUCCAAGCCUGGAAAGGCUCGCGGUACUCGAUCUAUCCCUCCACGCGACAAGCUCAGGGACAUCCUCGCGCCCGCGCCCGAGGCUGUCGUCGAGAGCAUUCGCCGCAAGUUUUCCGACCGAGGUGAAAUGCGAAAGUUCCAUAUCGAUCUCCUGAUGACACAUUGCUGUGUAUUUGCUAGCAUCAUCGACAACUUCGAGGUGGAUACGCAGAACUUGCGCGAUGAUCUCAAGAUCGACCAGAAGACAAUGAAUGCCUAUUUCCAUGAGAUCGGUGGCCGUGUCAAGCCUGUGACGAACAAGGAGACCAAGGCUACAGUAUCUCUUGCACGAUUGACGUUGCCUCUGAAUUUCCCCAAGCAGAGGCACAUCGCUCCCAAGCGCCGUUAG